AUGGCGGACUCCAGCAACGCAACGGCUUCUCCUUCUUCUCCUUCCCACGACAGCCCUGAACCUGAGACGAGUCUAACUGAACUAAAAGGGAUGCUAUCCAAUAUUCAAGAAACCUUAUGGACGAUGAAACAGGAGAAUCUUAGCCUAAGAGAGGAAGUAAUGCAUUUAAAAACAACUCUCAAAGACGAAAUGCUAAAGUGGAAGAAGCUGGACUCCACGUUGGAACAAACUUCAAAAGAGAAUGCAGAGCUAAAAAAGGAGCUCCAAUUUACCAAGCAGAAAUUGCAAACAGUCACCGAGGAAAAAGAUAGAAUUGACUUUGACUUGGAAGAGUUGGAGCAAUAUACGCGUAAAAACUCUCUAGAAAUCCGCGGCAUCCCUCAAGAAGCUUAUACCACAACCGAGGAUGUUAUUUUAAAGAUAGGAGAGGUAUUGGAUGUGCCGAUCUCUCCGGGUGACAUCAAAAUUUCUCACCAGCUCAAAUAACAAAACAAACCAAUUAUUGUCAAAUUCCUGAGCCACAAGGUUUAAUCCAGUCUUUAUAAUCCAGUCUUUUGUUUCCCACGUCAAAUUAUGCUACUUCACUAGGACAAGGAAAUCGUAUCUUCUUAAACGAAAACCUCACAGCCUACCGACGUAGUGUUGUCAAAAAAGCAAAUGGUAUGAGGAAAAAUGGACUGCUCGUUAGUGUGUGGACAAUCGAU